CAUCCAGACUCCGAAGACAAACAGUCACGGCCUUAGAUAGACAAUCAGUAGUACAACAGGACGCACCAGUCCAAGUUUAGGGGCAUUCAUGGGGCUCUUCCAGUCCAAGACCAAAGACAAGACCACAAACCAACAGAGGAACAGACGCCAGAAGGCGACACCCAGAGACGAGAACACAGCUCCAUCCCGCAAGCUUGUGUUAGAAACCAGUUUCCUGAACAAGUGUCCCGGAAUGGACGACAAGGGGAGGAGGUACACCGCAGACUUACAGGACGAUGCAGACGUAGAAGACAACGUGGAAGAACUUACUUACUACCGAGAUCCUGGAAACCAAGACUUAAGAAACAACGAACCAAGUAACACGUUCAGCUCCGUCAAUCAUAAUGCGAAUUCACCGUUGGUAACAAACCAUCUCACAGAAAGACCUGGGACUUCUUACAGUAACGGGCCGUAUGUGGGCCCAGGAAGGCCGCCGUUUGAAGUGCGUAAGGAAAAACGUCGUACGGACCGGCCAUCACCAGAUGUCAUCCCUCCGAGUCCAAAGUACUUCAAGAGAGAUGCUCCUUUCCCACAGUCACAACAACCACCUAACUACAGUUACUACAGACCUGUGUGUAUGUCAUACUCUGAAACAGAAGAAUCAGACACUGACGGCUUUUCUGAGGUCAACGCUCUUGACUUGACCGCGACGGCGCUAAAACACGAGUCAGGACGAUACCAGCUAUGCUACAGCGUUCCCAGUACCUCAAAGUCUACAGAGGCUACCGCCAUGUCUUCUGCGGAGUCCGUAGGCUCGAGCUGUGAUCCGUGGAGUGUACAUUCUUCACAGUCCUCUCUUUUCUCAUCAUCCUCGACUAAGAGGCAGCUAAGCAUCAAUGAUCUGCCCCAGACAGUCUUACUGAAGAUUGUAUCGUACCUGAGUAUGGAGGAACGGAGUAGACAUGUGUGUCGGGUGUGUAAGCUGUGGAAUCAGAUGUGUCUCGACUCCGAACUUUGGAGGAAGAUCGACUUACGGGGAAAGGGCAAGGUGACAGAUGAAGUGCUGGGCCGUCUGACCUCCUACAGCACAAAUGUGACGUCUGUAGACAUCUCUGACUGUAAUAACAUCAUGGACCAGGGGGUCAUCACUAUGGCAACACAAUGUUUCAGUCUCACUGAGUUCAAAUGUACCAGAUGCAAUCACCUGACAGACGCUGCCUUCAUCGCGUUAGCAGAAGGCUGCCCUGGCCUGCUGAAACUCACUCUGGACGGCGUACGACAAAUCACUGAUGUAGCGUUUAAACAAAUCGCAGCACGCUGUAAAGACCUCUGGUAUCUCAACGUGAGCCAGGUCAACAACCUGACCGACGUGGGGGUCAGACACGUGGUGACCGGCUGCCACAAACUUACCUACCUCAAGUUCCAGGAGAACAACAGAAUAGCUGAUUCGUCGGUGGAAGCCAUAGCUGAACACUGUCCCCAGAUGGAGGUGCUAGGUCUGAUGGGAUGCAGUAUAUCCUCAGAGGCAGUUCUACAUCUUACCAAGUGCACCAACCUGAAGGUGUUGAAUCUGUGUCGACUGCGUGAGCUGACGGACUUUGCGGUGAUCGAGAUCGUGCGGCACUGUCGCAAACUGGAGUCCGUCAACCUGUGUCUGAACUCAGGCAUCACCGACAUGAGCAUCGAGGUCAUCGCACGAGAGGCCAAAUGUCUGAAGGACCUACACAUGGUGGCCUGUGCCAUCACUGAUGAAGCGUUGACCAGUAUCGGCAAGUAUAGCCACAGCCUGGAGACGGUGGACGUCGGCCACUGUCCGAGCAUCACGGACGCAGGGUCGGCCUUCAUCUCGCAAAACUGCCGCACUCUCCGCUACCUGGGCCUCAUGCGCUGCGACGCCGUGCGCGAAGAAACCGUGGACGAACUCGUGGAGAAAUACCCGCAGAUCCACUUCAGUACGAUGAUGUUAGACUGUAAGAGAAUCUUGGCACAAGCCCAGCAAAACGGAUGGAAACCAGCACAUGCAAGAUAGCCGUCAGUCUCAUACCCAAAAGGAGGGGUUGUGUUUUCCUUUGAAACUUGACAACAUUAGGCCACACCAAUUUAAUUUGUUGGUUCUCGGCUUUUUUCAGAAAAAAUAUGAAGCGACAGGGGAAAAAAA